AGAUAUUUUCGUGACGCCGCUAAGUCUUGUGUGUAUGUUGAUUCCGCUAGGCGGAAUGGUCGUGUGAAUGUUUUCAGCUUUAACUAUAAACAGCAGUCUUGAGCCGAGAAUAACAACGGAUAACACUAGUGUACUAUAUAUGCACAGCAAUAUGGUGCUGGAACGCCAAAACCCUGCCUCAGGCAAACUUAAACCUCGUAUGUCAAAUAAGGAACGUUUUCACUGCGUCAAUCCAGAGAUUAACCUCUCGCUGUACCCGGCAUUAAAAGACUGGCUUCCAUGUAAUCAUGAAUAUCACAUCUGUGACUACAAGACCAUAAGGCAGACUCAGGACCAUAUAGAUUUUUCUGCCACCCUGAGAAUGACUAUAUCUACUAUUGAAGAAGUACAACAGUGGGUGAAGGACUCGACCAUCACUUGGAGGAUUGAUCGAACCAGACCACCUAAGGGGCAAAGGGUUAUUUUUAAGGUGGACUACAGAUGCCACCAUAACACAAAACCAAGGAACACCAUGGAACCGUCUGGGAGACGGACCAAAAACACAAACUGCCCUGCGAAGAUGAGCAUAACGCUCCAUCGCCCACAGGGAAGCAAUGGAAGGCAGUGUCGGAGCACAGAUCCUCACAUGCCAGCUUUCCCAACACUUGUACACGUAACCAACGAGCACAAUCAUAACUUGCAUGUACCGGAUGCAUUGAGGUACAAGGACGUUGGACCAGAAGCCAUACAGAAGUUAAAGAAGCUUUUUGAAGCUGGUCAUUCGCCAUCUACAGCCCUGGACGUUUUAAAAUAUGACCUCCAGCUCGAGCUUGGAGAAGAUUAUGCGUAUGCAUCAGCAGACAGAUCCAUCUGCCCUGACAUUCAGUUCUGCUACAGACUGUACCACCAAGUUUCUAAGUCUCUCAGAGAAGCCAGUCCGUCGUCCUCCAUCCUCCCCACCCAAGACACAACCACAACCUGGGUAGCAGCUGAUCCGACUGGACAGACCUGCAUCAUGGAGCAUGAGAUUGUCACUACAGAAGUUUCAGAAGAGGACAACCCCACAGACAAGCUAAAGUCGUGCUUAUCUGAUCUGUGCGACAUCAUCGAGAAACAGCCGAGUGUGUGGUCUGCAACACAGGACUUCAUCAAGGGAAUUGAACGGGUGCAGCACAACCCUGUGAAAUUAGCAUCAGCCAUGCAUGCGUUUGGUCGCUACAGCUGUCUCCUAAUGAAGAAAAGAGCUAAAACUAUGCGAAGGGGUUCUCAGUGUGAUGGACUUGCCAUGACUGCCCAACCUACAGCAGUGACCAGGAGGAAGCCCAAGCUUAGCGGGAGACGACGCCUGACAGUGGGCAGACAGAGCAAGACGACUUCAGGGCCGGAUCAUGAGUACAGUCAGCCUGAAAAAAGACAAAGAUGCUCAGGGCCUCAUGGCUUUUCACACGGCAUGGCAAAAACCAAAUAACUAAAUAGGCUUAAUAAAUUUAGUUUUAGUAUCGCAGUUGUGGCCCAUCACCCCUUUGCCUGAGAGGAGAUAGACAUGAGAUUGAGUGAUGUUUGGUAUAGGUGUAUUUUGUUCAAUGUAUAUAAUUUUUUACAGACGUAUAAAAUGGGCUUGACUGAUUCAUUUUACAGACUUCACCUAUCUCCAUGCCUCCGAUUAUGCCCACUAUAUUCCUAAAUCUGCACUUAUAUUUUUGUAUAUCGUGACUCGGAUGUAACGGAAUGGCACAACUAUCAUUGUCCAAUAGCAAACUUAAUAAAGUUACAUUAUAGUUCGCUUGAUGACGCCUGCCUAUAGAAAUUUGAUUUUGCUCUGUUUAAAAAAAAAAAAAAAGUCCAACAUACAGACUCCUGCUGUUUCAAUGAAAUUUGCUCUAGUGCCUGCUUUCUUCUUUCAUUCUAUAACUACAGUACUCCACAAGUUUCACCUUUUCUCACAGUGUGACAGAUUAACACUUGCACUGAAGUUGACUUGUGUAGAGAAACAAAUGAAACGUGGCCCGAAUUGUUGCUGAGAGCUUCGGGUAAUGAUGCAAGUGUUUGCACAUGAGGUGAAUGUAAUGUAUGCUGUAAAUGAAUUCUAUAAGAGGACUGAAUCUUUGUUAAAUACAUCAGUACUCUUGAAACUGAGUUACUAUGAACAAACUUGUUUUUGUUUGGAAAUGUGUAUCCUGCAGUGCCCUUAAAGAAGUGCAUUAUGAAAAUGCUGUUGGGGGGGAAACAGGUUUUGUUAAAUGAGGAGUUGAAAGUCAUUUUUUGUUUCUGGCUCAUUUUUUUUUUUUUAAAUUUGGUUAUUGUACUUUCUGAAGUUUGAAUUGAAUUCUCCGUCAGGCUCAUGGGUGGUGGUGAUUUUGUUGCAGAACAUAUUUAUUUUUGAAAGCUUAGCCCUUGCUUGGAUCUGUGGUUAUCUAUGCUAAAUUAUACAAACUUGUGCAUAAUGAAUUUUGUUUACAUGAGUGGAUAAGGGUGAGUUUUCAAAAUUGAAAUUUGUGUAGACAUGUUAAUAUACGAUUGCCUGCUCAUGAUGGAUAUCAAGCUUAACCAAGCAUGAUCUGUUUGGUGGAUUCAGAUUCUGUAACAAGUGUCUGAAGAAACUGUUCUUAGAUUGUGGUUCACUCGGUAACCCUACUAAACAGACUAGGAGCCAAUAUACUGGAAAUGUUUUCUUUACAUUCCCACACAUCCUACUGACUGCACGUACAGAUAACUUUGAAUUCUUGACCCGCCUUUGAAUUGAGUCAUGUUACAGUGUAGGAUUAACUGAAAGCUUACUGCAGAAGGUUGCCCUGUGACAGUUUUCAUACCCGCCCCAACUUUUCUCCAAUACUUGUGUUCAGGAGACGUAUCACAUAACACACACUGUGCACGACUCCAGUACUCUAUAUUGUAAUUCUAUGGUAUUCUCCUUACCCAUUCUCAUUAUCUCUAGCCGCUUUGUCCUGUUCUACAGGGUCGCAGGCAAGCUGGAGCCUAUCCCAGCUGACUACGGGCGAAAGGCGGGGUACACCCUGGACAAGUCGCCAGGUCAUCACAGGGCUGACACAUAGACACAGACAGCCAUUCACACUCACAUUCACACCUACGGUCAAUUUAGAGUCACCAGUUAACCUAACCUGCAUGUCUUUGGACUGUGGGGGAAACCGGAGCACCCGGAGGAAACCCACGCGGACACGGGGAGAACAUGCAAACUCCGCACAGAAAGGCCCUCGCCGGCCAUGGGGCUCGAACCCGGACCUUCUUGCUGUGAGGCGACAGCGCUAACCACUACACCACCAUGCCGCCCCUUACCCAUACUGUACUCACAAAUAACCAUGAUUCAGAAUAAAUAGUGGUUGAUGGGUAUGUUGUAAUGCACAACUGCGCAUGCUGUUAAAAAAAAAAAAACAGAUGAGGUAGUAUGAUUAUUUUCCAAGAACAGUAAAAUUCUGAAGCGUUUUAUUCCUCUUUGGUUCCCUCUGUAGUCGUGCUGAGUAUAUAUAAAAUAUAUCCAUCCUCCCUCUCCAUUCUCAGCUUUAACAUAGCUUGCUUUUCCUCCCGUAGGCAUCUCUCUGGUCUUCAUGUUGGUUUAUCUGGUUUAAAUAACAAACGCAGUCUUCACAGACAAAACUCAGGGCUCAAACCAAGAGUAGACCGGAUUCGGAGACCAGAAUGGACAAACAGAGUAGUCCUGUAAAAGAACAUGUCUACUCGCCCCAAGACCAAACAAUCCCAAUCUCCUCUGCUUUCAGCUCCCUCAGACAGCACUGGCCUUGGCCAAGGCCGUUGCUGGAACAACAGCUCCCCCUGAACAUCACUGCAGUGAGACGCUCUUGCAUUCCUUCCCCCACUUCCCACGGUCACAGUUGGGUGCGCGACCAGUGCCGUCAUGGCUGCAGGAACGGAUGGCUGCUUGCUUGCGCUGGGUUACCUCUACCUCCACCCUCAAGUCCCGAGUUUUCAUGUUGUAAAGUGUACUUGUUAUUUUGUGCUUAUGUGCUGAGGUGUUUUUUUUAAUGUUCCCACACUGUACUCCCCACAGGAGCAUAGUGUGGGGGUUGCUUUUUUCCCCUCCCCUCAUGUUACUCUGUAUUUUUUUCUUUUCAUCCCUGUCUUCCUGUCCUGUCUACUCCCCCUCUGUCAAUUGUAUGUAUGUGUAUAUAUGGACGGGUUGAUGGCCAAAUAGAAUAGAAUGCCUUUGUCACUAUACCCAUGUACAGUGAGAUUAAAAGCAUCUCCAAUAACAGUGCAAA